AGUUAGAGUUGAGUGUGUGAGAGACAGCUGCAUUACUUCGUGACAAGUGUUGUCGUCUAAACAUCUUAUUUUUUAUGAACAUGAAUUCCAUUGGUUAGAAUGCAACAUCUAACAGAUAAAUGACGGGUUACAGUACAUGUAGGUGAUACACAAUUUAGAUUUUUCUCCAGGAUCUUCAAAUACUACAAAAGAAAUGGUUUCAAAGUCAUCAAGACCAUAAUCCAGUCCAGAUUCCAGACCAGGAUUCCAAGUGAGCAGAAUCUGAGACCACGACCCAGCGAUACAAGAUGGCGAUGCGAGAUUUGGUCGAUGGGGAGUGUGGGACAGCCAACCCCUUGAUGAGGCUGACCCAACAUUACGCCCAGGAUAAGUCCUUGAGACAAGAGGGACUGCGAGGGGCAGGAAGUCGACCCUUUGAUCAUGCCGUAGCAACAAGAGGCUUUCUUGAAACACCUCAACCUGAUCUCGUGAAUGAGUUCCUAGUGGAUCAACAGCGUCAUGUGGGACCUCCGCAAACGUUUCACAUGGAUGCUCUCUUGCAAGAAAUGAGAGCUAUUGAAGAAUCCAAGCUCGGACAUCCACCGAUUCAAGCUCCAGCCGUUGCUGAUCUAGCAUCCCAUGCUGAAUGGGCCAACGAAUUCUUAGUGUCCGAGCAGCGAAGGGCGGAGGAGAUCGUCGAUGAUAGAGACGCUGAUUGGACGAGAGACUUCCUGGGGGGUCAACCUGGUACAGUUGGUGCCGAUGUUAUUCCGUCUUCCUCUGAGGCCAAGUGGGCUGAGGAGUAUCUCGAGCAAUCUGAAGAUAAAUUGUGGACGGAAGAGUUCACAAAACCAGAGGAUGAGAAAUGGGCCGCUGAGUUCCAGCAAGAUGCUGGCUCUGAUCUUGCCAAGACAGCCAGUCAACUCUUGGGUACCUUUGACGAUCCAAAGUUCGCAAACACAGAGUUUGUGAAAUUUGUGAAGAAACUUGGGGAGGGGGAGGUGACAAUUGAUGGUAAUGAGGUGAAGACAAAAGAGGGCGCUCCGUUUGACCCGCUGGCCCAAGAAUGGACGUCAGAUUUCCUUAAAGAGCAGGAACUUCUGACCGAUAACUGGGCCAAAGAGUUCACGUCCGAGAACACGAUGCCGUCGGAUGCAGACUUCUGGAAUAAAUUACAGAAGGAGUGGGAGGACAUGGGUCCAACGGAGGACCACCCUUGGCUAACGGAGUUCAACGGGGGCCAGGUCAAAGACCCGGUUUAUGAAUUUGAAGAAGAAAAUCCUCUUGCAGAUCAUCCUAAUCCAUUUGAGGAAGGCCUUAAUCGGCUUAAGGAUGGGGAUUUAGCAAAUGCAAUAUUGCUGUUUGAAGCUGAGGUGAAGAAGAACCCAGAACAUAUGGAGGCUUGGCAGUACCUCGGAACAACUCAAGCUGAAAACGAACAAGAACAAGCAGCGAUAGCAGCUCUCAGAAAGUGUCUUGAAUUGAAGUCUGAUAACCUCACAGCGCUCAUGAGUCUUGCUGUGAGUUACACAAAUGAGUCGCUUCAGAACCAAGCGCUUGAGACGCUGUUGGAUUGGCUAGCGGCAAACCCAAAGUACAAACAUCUCGUCAAGGAUGACGCUCAAGGAGCUGAGAGUCGGAUCGACUCUAGGACUUCUUCGUUUCUAUCCAGUGCUCUACACAGUCACGCUAAAGACUUAUUCAUCCAAACAGCUCAGACCUCCCCGACUGACGUCGACGCCGACGUGCAGUGCGGUCUCGGAGUUCUCUUUAAUUUAUCUCAAGAGUACGACAAGGCCGUAGAUUGCUUCAAGACAGCUCUGUCUGUUCGACCACAGGACGCCCUCCUGUGGAACAAGCUCGGAGCAACAUUGGCCAACGGCAGCCGUAGCGAGGAGGCUGUAGACGCUUACCAUCAUGCAUUGCAAAUCUCCCCGGGGUUCAUCCGAUCUCGCUAUAACCUAGGAAUAAGCUGCAUCAAUCUUGGAGCACACAAGGAGGCAGUUGAACACUUCCUAGCGGCACUGAAUAUGCAACAGAGAGGGAUCGGUCCACAAGGUGAGAGGUCGACCAUGUCGCAGAACAUCUGGAGUACGCUCCGAAUGACCAUCUCGCUUCUUGGAAGAAUGGACCUCUACAAAGCCACCGACGACCACGAUCUCAGUAAACUCAACGAUGAGUUCGGGGUGACCCCAGUCGUAACGUGACUGCGGCAGCAUUCCGCUUCACAGGGGAGGUUUUGCGUGAAGUGCCGAAAGGCGAUCUGCGUUAAAAUCCCUGGAAUGCCGCUAUGGUGGUAGGACUAAUCGACAAGAUUCAUCAACAGGGCCCAAUUUCAUGGCUCUGCCCUUAACCCCGAAUUCUGCGCUUACGACCACCAUUCGCUGCAAGCGCAAAAUUCUGGAAUCAAUACGUAGAGAGCUCAGCCUCAGCACAAAAAGGAGCUAAGCACAGUAAAAAUAUGGUCACCAGCCAAACUACCAUGUCGCAUGUACAAUUUGUGAAUGGUGUUCGGCUCAUUUCUGCUUACAUGUAGCAGAAAAUUGUUAAGCAAUAUUGUCUCCUUAAGCAGCUCUAUGAAAUUGGGCCCAGGGCUGGCUGUGUAAGUGAAGACUGCCUUGUAUGGUGGAGUAAGCAAAAUUUUUUAAUUGGGAUCAGAAUGAAAAGAAUUGUUUUUUUUUUGGUUUUUUUUUUAA